AUGAGUGCUUUAGAGCUCCAGAAUGUCGACUGGCAGGUGGCCACCAACCGGCGUGAACAUCACACGGGCCAGUUCUCCAGCCGCGACAUCAUCUUGCGCAGGGGGCAGGGGUUCCACAUGAUAAUGAACUUUAAUCGCGCUCUUGACUCUGAAGAAGGUCUGAAUCUCACAACUGAAACAGGUCCUAAUCCCUCAGUGUCGGCCAGGACAAAGGCCACAUUUCCAGUCUCCAGGGGGAGAAACACAGGCAGUGGCUGGGCUGCAGAGGUCAGAGAAAAUAAUGGCAAUGCUCUGACCAUUGCCAUUUUCAGCCCUGCCAGUGCCCCCAUCGGAUGGUACACAAUGAGCCUUCAGAUCUCCUCCAAGGGCAGGGUCUCCUCCAUGAAACUUGGGCUCUUCACACUGCUCUUUAACCCAUGGCUACAAGCGGAUGAUGUCUUUAUGAGUAACCAGGCUGAGAGACAAGAAUAUGUUGAGGAAGAUUCUGGCAACAUCUUCGUGGGCAGCAUAAAUCGAAUUGGCAUGAUUGGCUGGAACUUUGGACAGUAUGAAGAAGAUAUUCUGAACAUCAGCCUCUCCAUCCUGGAUAAGAGUCUGAAUUUCCGACGUGACCCUGCUACCGAUGUGGCCCGCAGAAAUGACCCCAAAUAUGUUGGCAGGGUGCUGAGUGCCAUGAUUAACAGCAAUGAUGACAACGGAGUGAUCGCUGGGAACUGGAGUGGCAGUUACACGGGUGGUGUGGACCCAAGGACCUGGAAUGGCAGCGUGGAAAUCCUGAAGGAGUGGAAAAAAUCAGGCUUCAGGCCAGUCCGAUUUGGCCAGUGCUGGGUCUUUGCUGGGACGCUCAACACAGUGCUGCGGUGCUUGGGGAUUCCUUCCCGGGUGAUCACCAACUUCAAUUCCGCUCACGACACGGACCGGAACCUCAGCGUGGAUGUGUACUACGACCCCAUGGGAAACCCACUGGACAAGGGCAGUGACAGCGUGUGGAACUUCCACGUCUGGAAUGAAGGCUGGUUUGUGCGCACUGACCUGGGCCCCUCCUACAAUGGAUGGCAGGUGCUGGAUGCCACCCCCCAGGAGAGGAGCCAAGGUGUAUUCCAGUGUGGCCCAGCUUCAGUUAUCGCAGUCCGAGAGGGUGAUGUGGACCAGAAUUUCGACAUGCCCUUCAUCUACUCGGAGGUUAAUGCCGACCGCAUCACCUGGAUCUACUCGGCCUCCAACGAUAGCAAGAAACAGAACUUUGUAGACACUCAGUCCGUUGGCAGGUACAUCAGUACCAAGGCUGUGGGCAGCCGCUCUCGCAUGGAUGUCACAGACAAGUACAAGUACCCAGAAGGUUCCAGUGAGGAAAGACGAGUGCAGCAGAAGGCCCUGAGCAAACUGAAACCCAACGCGACAUUUGGCCCGACGUCCGCGCAGGAUUUUCCAGCAGAAGAGCUGACACCCAGCAUUUCUGGAAGGUUCAAGGUGAAUGGGGUCUUGGCAGUGGGCCAAGAGGUCAACUUAGCCCUGCUGCUCAAAAACCUGACCAGUGACAGGAAGACGCUGACAGUGAACAUGACAGCCUGGACCAUCGUCUACAACGGCACACUUGUACAUGAGGUGUGGAAGGACUCUGCCACGGUAUCCCUGGACCCUGAAGAAGAAGUGCAGCAUCCGGUGAAGAUCACAUAUGCCCAGUACGAGAAGUACCUGAAGGCAGACAACAUGAUCCGGACCACAGCCAUAUGCAAGGUGCACGAUGAGGCCGAGGUGGUGGUGGAGCGGGACAUUAUCCUGGACAACCCCACCUUGACGCUGGAGGUGCUGGACCGCGCUCGACUGCGGAAGCCCGUGAACGUACAGAUGCUCUUCUCCAACCCGCUGGACGAGCCCGUGAGGGACUGUGUGCUGAUGGUAGAGGGCAGUGGCCUGCUCCGGGGCAACCUCAAGAUUGAGGUACCAGCCCUGCGCCCCAAGGAGCGGUCCCGGGUCCGUUUCGAGAUCCUGCCCACCCGGAGUGGCACCAAGCAGCUGGUUGCUGACUUCUCCUGCAACAAGUUCCCAGCAAUCAAGGCCAUGCUGUCCAUCGAUGUGGUCGAGUGAAGGGCCAGGUGCCCCCCCCACAAACUUGGGUACCACAGAGCAGGGAAAGCGUGUCAGUGGAGCAGGACCUCUGCCCAUGUUGCCCAGCCUGGACAACUGAAGGCUGCCGGACAUGGACCUCCAGCACACACACCCACCUUCUCUACCCCUACAUCCAGGGCCUACAGCUUGAUCAUUUGUGCAUGCUCCCUGGCCACUGCUCCUUGGCUACCUGUUCUGUGAGCCCCACUGCCCCACUAAUCCCUUGAACCCAUCAGAGCUUCAGAAUGGAACAGCACCUGACCCAGGGACUCUCCGGAUGGACACA